CAUAGAGGGAAGGCGGCGGCGGCGGCGGCGGCCUCGCCGCGGAGGAAGCUCGGCCCGAAGCUGGAGCUCAGCGCGGCCCACAAGCAGCAGAUGCGGGAGGCCUUCGACCUGCUGGACGCGGACGGGACCGGCACCAUCGACGUGUCCAUCCGCGCCCUGGGCUUCGACCCCACCAAGGAGGAGCUGCGCCGGGUGGUGGCGGAGGUGGACAAGGAGGGCGCGGGCAAGAUCGGCUUCGACGCCUUCUACUCCGUCAUGGCCCAGAAGAUGUCCGAGAUCGAUUCCAAAGAGGACAUCCUGAAGGCCUUCAAGCUCUUCGUGGACAAGGACAGCGGCAGGAUCGCCUUCAAGAACCUCAAGCAGAUCGCGGCUGAGAUCGGGGAGAAGCUCACCGACGAGGAGCUGCAGGAAAUGAUUCAGGAGGCCGACCUGGAUGGCGACGGGGAGGUGACCGAGCAGGACUUCCUGAAGGUCAUGAAGAGACGCGAUUACUAGGUGGGCUUGGAGUCCCUGCCCAGUCGUGUGACGGGUUGGGUCUCCUUCACUCAGGCAACAGGUUGGACGAGCACAGCCACAGCUGAGGAGCACCUGGUGAUCAGAAGAGACGCAGAGCCUCCUUCAGCAGGAGAGAACCCACUAAAAAUCAAACGCCCAGAAGUCGCCUGAGAUUUUGUGAUGGGGCAAAACAUCCACAAAACGGGGGGGGGAAGGGGGGGGCUAGCUGGUGAGCGUGGUUGGCCUGGCCAGCUUUGCCUCCCCUGCUGAAUGGGACGGUUUGUUCCGAUGGUUUGCAAAAUUUUCCACCGAGUGGGGAGGGGCAGCUCCGUGCACCAGUAACACUUGCCUACCUGGCCAGGAGAAAUAAAGUU